AUGACAAAAAAAACUUAUUUUUAUUAUAAUAGGUCAAAUCAAGUUCGUUUUCGUAUCAACUUCAAUGAUGAACAAAUAUCAUCCAAUGAUGAGCAGUUUAUCGUCGGUAUAUCAGACUUGUAUAUUGGUUCGAAUUGUAUCAAUGGUUGUAAUGGUCAUGGAAUGUGUCUUAGCAAUGGACGAUGCAGAUGUGAUCUAAAUUGGGCAAAUAAUGACUGUAGUCGAUCAUUAAUUCGUUUUCCAAAUGAAUUAAAUAUUCUUAAACAUGUUUAUUAUACAAGUUACGGUACUAUAUACAAUUCAAAAUGUGGUACAAUUUUUAAUAAUACAUGUAAACGAGAAUUUGAAACAAAGUAUAUAGAUGUAUAUCAUGAAGAUACAUAUGUUCAUAUUGAACUUGAUGAUCGAUGUAUGUCAAAAACACAUAUUCGAAAAAAUGGUGAUGGUUGGAUAUAUCUUAAAUAUCGUCAAAUGAACUCACAUGAAUGGAUUACAUUACAUAUAUUCAAAGAUCAUCAAUUAAAUAUUAUAAAACUAUUACCUCAAUAUAUUCUUCAACUUCGACUCAUUCAAAAUUCUCCAAUUACUGGUCGACCUCCAUGGUCAAUAGAACAAUUUCAUGUAUUUAAUAUUCAUUCUCAUUUACAUUGGUUUUCAUUAGAAGAUAAAAAUUAUACAAAAUUAAAUUCAACAUUUCUUAAAAUAAUAAAUUUAACUAAUCAAAUUAUUUAUGAAACUAAAGAUGUUUAUUUUAAUUCGGAUUAUAUUCUUCAAAUUGAAUUUAAUUGUAUCGAUUUUAUAAAAAAUAUUCUGGAAUAUUCAAUUAAUUUUGGAUUAUCAUGGUUGGAAAUUUCUAAUGAAAAUGAAUUAGAAAUUAUACCAAUUAAAUUUAAUCAUGAAAAUAUUACAUUCUAUCGUUUAACUAUUUCAUUUAAUGUAUUUUCAAUACAAAAUAAUUCUAUUCGAUUUCGUUUGAAAUUUUCAUCAAAUUGUACAACAAAUCAUCUUCAAUAUAUUUAUAUUGGAAAUAAAUGUUUAAUGAAUUGUUAUGGUAAUGCACGAUGUCUUAAUGGAGAAUGUCAAAUAAUGAAUGCAAUCACACCUCUAGUUGAUUUUCGAGAAACAUUUGAAAAAGAUUUUAAUCCUACGAAUUGGUUACAAUUAGAUCCUUAUCGACAUGAAAUAAAUAGAAUUAUAUGGACAACAAUAAAUCGACAAGCUAUUACUCGACCAAUUGACUUAAGACCAAUGCGAGCUAUUAAAUGGACAUAUAAUUUAGAAAAUAUUUCAAAAACAUGUAAUACUUCAAUUUAUUUAUUAAUAUCAAUAGAUGGUACAUUAACAUGGUCGAUUCUUGAUCGAUUUGAUCUACCAAAUAAAAAUAUAACAACACUAAAUAUAUCUAUUGAGUUAUUUGCCGAACUUAAAACUCUUAAUACAAAAUAUCAUAUAGGACAAUUUCGAUGGUUUCAACCAUUGUCUUCUAAAUGUAAUAAUUUUACAUGGGGCCUUUCAAAAAUAAUAUCAAUAAAAUCGAUUAAUAUUGAUUUUAUAACUGAUUAUUUUUAUACAAUAUCCUCAUCACGUUCAAAUUGGGAAUCAAUUGAUGGUGCUUUACUUGCUCAACCUGAUCAAUGCAAUAAUAAUAUACCUGCUUUAAUAUUUCAUGAAAGUUCAUUUUCAGUUAUUACUAUACCUAUUCUUAUUCAACAAUUCCAUGUUCUUGUUCUUCAAUUUAAUACAAAAUGUAAUCAAAAUGCUGAUAUGAAAACAUUACAGUGUCGUAAUUUAACAAGUAUACUUGAAUAUCGAACUGAUUUAUCAUUAAAAUGGACAAAACUUAUUGAUAUGACUGAUUUAGCAUGUCGGACGAGUUUAAUUAAUGGAGGCUAUUUAAAUAUGCAUACAAUCAAAUUACCAUUUGAAACAUAUUCAAGGUAUGAUAGAUAA